AGGAUCGGUGCUUUAUAAAGGUCCCCCUUUGUCAGUCUGCCUCGCUGCUCGCUCCAGUGUUCAGGUCUCUCUUGUAUCCAUCAGCGCGCAUUAAAAUGCCCAGCAAGAGGAAGAAGAACAAACGUCGCAUGCGGGGGGUGCAGGCACAGAGGAGAGUCCUUGAAGAGCAGCAUGUGGCCAACCUGCCAGUCAAAGCAAGCCCUGGGAUUGCGGUGAGUACACCCCCUGCUGCAACUGCAAAGGAAGUGGCUAAAACUCCAGCUCCAGCGAAGAUCCCAGAGGCUGUUCCAUUUGCUCUCCCCAUUGCCGUCCCCACUGUAGAGACCCCCAGAGUAGAACAAAAACAAGUUGUCAAAGAGCCUUUUGCAGAGCCCGCCCCAGUCAAGGUGGAUGCACCAAAGCCUGAGACUGUGCUGUUGGAACAGACUCCAGCAGAAGCUGAGGUACAAGUCCCAGCAUGGGUCACUGAAGAAGCACCAGCCAUCAUGACUCCACCAGUGGCACCAUCUACAGUUAAAGCCACUGCAGUACAGGAGGCUGAGGUUCAUACAUCUGACACCACAUUAAUAACCACAGAGACUGAACAGAUGCAUGAUCUCUGUAAACCAGACAAUGAAGUGGAGGUGGAGGCCUUGCCAGAGGCAGACAUAGUCAGUGAUGUGGCGGUGAAAGUGUCCGUCGUAGCAGAUACCUCCAUACCAGCUCCCAUAACUGUAGCCGCUCAUGAACCAGUGGUAGAAGCACUUGCUAGUGACCAAGCUUCUGCUGGAGCAGAGCCUGCUACAGAGACGACAGUUAGAGAAACAGUCGUAUCAGUGGAGGAGGUUAUCACAGAGAUACCUGAGCCUGAACAGGUGACUGAAGUGGUUGUCAGUCCUGCAGCUGUAGCUGGGGAGGAAGAGGAUGAAGAUGAAGAGUUGGCUGAAGAUGCGCCUGAAGUGCCUGCUGAGCCUGUUACAGUCACAGAGGUGCCAGACACUGUCCCUGAGGCCCCUGGAACUGAAGUCAAAGAGGCUCCUGCCACACAAGAUGUUGCAGACCCGCUGGUUGAUCACUCUGUCACAGAAAUUCUCUCAGUAAUGGAGGAAAUUGUGGCCCCGAGUGACACCUUCAGUAUCCAAACCGAGUCUGUACGUGUGACGCCUGCUGAGCCUAAGCCUGCUACUGUCCCCGCAGAGGAAGUGGUCAUUAAAUCUGAGCAGACAAGCCUGGAUGCACCGUUAGAAGAACCAAAGUCAGAAAUCUGUGACAUGCCAUGUCAGGCGCAGUUCGAUGUUGAGCCUGUGCAACUCAGCUCAGUUGAGACAUCAGUGGAAACAGCUCUGAAUGGCCACAUCAUUCCUGAGGUCUCCACUGAGGGCUAAAUCCACACCACACAGCUCAGAAGACCUUUUUUCUGUGGCUUUUGACAGAAGCACCAUGAUAUCAAAGGGAUGUCCACAGUUUGAAUUGGACUUCCUGCCUUGGUUCCUGUCAAAACACUAAACCAGAAGUGGACAUGCAAAACAGCUGCAUUCGGAGCAGCACAAGAGGCUGUUAUCAUAAUUGUUCAAAAAUGGAAACAAACAUAUUGUGGCUCUUUUUAGUCUUUCUUUUUGAAGAUGCAAUGGCAGUGGAAGCAGAAGUUAUUGAGAGCUGGAGACUAAAACAAGAUCAUUUGCAGUGCCUGGUAUUUCAUACAUCUUUCCCCACACUGCAUACACUCAAUGCGUGUGCAUGUAGUUUGUACUUAGGCCUGUGCUCAUAUGCAGUCAUGGGAGGGACAACGUUUUCUCUAGUUUUUUUAAGCUUCACAUCUCAGAAUCACAGAUGUUGCACAUCAGGCUCUCUUGAUUUCAAACACUACCCUAACCUCUGUUUCUGCUCCACAUCUGUCCUGAAGUUCUCCCCUCUGUCCCCACUAAGUACCAGUGCCAACUACUAUUGCUCCAGAGGCCACUGGAGAAUGGUGGAUUUUGAGGAGACAGAUAAAAUGUCAUUUCAUGCAUUUGCAUUUCAUGCAAGGGGGAUACAAUUUAAGGGGUCAGUUAAAUUUAAAAAUUC